AUGUCGUUUUGGCCGUUUAACAAUUCUUCACUGAGCAACAAUACGUUGCUGAAAUUCUUGGAUUCAAUUCAUGAUCUCUCAUCAGUGAGCGUUGAUGAUAUUGUCAAGGAUCAAACAUUGGUACAAGAAUUGCUUAAUGAAUUGCACACAGUUAAAGGAAAUGUCAACAAAGGUGGCAAUUUUUUGUUUGCACAGUCAAACCCCGAUCCCACACAUGCAGCAUUAUCUGAUUCUGCAUCAUUGAAUUCACAAAAUAAUGAUAACAAUAAUACAGGGUCGAACAAAGAGGCGAGAGGGAUCAAAUUGAUUGAACUAUUGAUACAGCCUCAUAUACUAACAGGCCUCAUUGAAAUUCUAGAGAAAAGUGUCGGCUUUUUUCAUCAACAAGGAUUAAAGGCGGAGGAGAAUAUCAAAAAUGCAUUAGCAGAACACACCCCAGCAACUGAUUUGGAAGAAGUGGACGAAAUUGACAACGCCAAAGGAGAAGAAGACAAAGAUGAAGCUUUUCGAAGAUCAGUCCAGGCGGCGGCUGACAUUCUUUCAUUUGACAUUUCAAUCAUUUCCAGCAGAGUUAUUGAGACCCCCAAUCUCAUGAACAAAUUAUGGCUGAUUUUGAAAUUGGAGAAUUUGCAGGAAAAUUGCCCAACUGUGUCCUAUCUAGUGCACAUAUUAGAUCAACUACUAGAGUUUAACAGUAUCGAGCUUUUGAACUUUGUGAGACGACAAGGUGAUCUUGUGGAUAUUUUUUUGGCCAAGAUCGAAGUACCGGCAAUAAUGGACUACUUUUUCCGAAUAAUACAAACUGAUAAACCAGAUUCACCGACUGGUAUCCUUGACACAAUUGCCCAACAGGAUGUUGUGUUGAAGUUGAUCGAUAUCUUGAAACCACAACCAGUACAAUUUGACGAAACGCCAUACAUCCCUGAUCACCAGCUAUACUUUCGACAGAGCUCGGCAACGGACUUUUUGAAAGCCUUGAUUACCAUAUCAUCUAAUGCCGCGUUGGCAGUUGUAUUAGAAACCAAUAUAGGACCCAACCAGCUAACGCGACAAUUGGUGUCACCGGAGGUGGUAAACAUCAUUGUACACGAAAUCAUGUUGCAAAAAGUGCAAGGGAAAGAUGGUAGAAUCCAGACCAAUAAACAUGGAAUCAACAAUUGUGUCAGUAUAGUCAUUGAGCUCAUCAGGAAAAACAAUUCGGACUAUGAUUUGAAUUGUGGCUCAUAUAGCUCGUUGCUCCAAAAUGCCGAUGGCGGGCCAGGUGAAGUAAACUCAUAUGUCAUGUUCCAGUGGCUAAAAGAUUUUGAGCAAAAUCCACCUGGACCAAGAGAUCCUAUAUAUUUGGGCGACAUGUUGGAGAUUUUCUCUGACAAUUUAGAAAAGUUUGAGCAACUACUUGAAAUCGAGCCAAUACCACCCAAUGGAGUAACUUCAGACAUUUUGGGAUUUACACGGUUCAAAAUAUCCGAGCUAAUAGCCGAGCUUCUUCAUUGUUCAAAUAUGACCUUGUUGAAUUCAAAGAAAAUCAGGAAAAUUAUCAAUAUAAGAGAUCAUAUUCGAUUACAACAGUCAAAACGUCUAAAGAAGGCAUUAGAUGAAAAGAUUGCGUUCGUGGAGUCUCCCAAUAUCCAUGAUGUCACCUCUGGGCUAGACGACGUGUCGUUGGAUGACGUACAAUUUGCCCAUGAUGACAAGCACGAUUAUUCCAAUUUAAUCAAGAAUAUAGAGUCCAUCGAAGAUUCUGAAGAUGAGGAACCUUCAAUUUCCCCAGAAAACCCCUUUGUUUGUGAAGAAAGAAAUAAGGCGAUCAGACUGGACCCUUGUGUGGGUGAUUUUUUCAAGAUCAAGCUCAUUGAUCUGAAAAUAUUGUUGAGUAUUGUUAGCAAGUUCACAAAGUAUGAGUGGAACAAUUUUUUCCAUAAUGUGGUGUUUGACUUGGUGCAACAGAUUUUCAAUGGUAAGCUCAACUCGUACAAUUCGUUUUUGAUCGUUGAAUUAUUCAAAAAGAAUCAGUGUGAUUUGACCGAUUUGAUUGUUAGUUCUUAUGAGAACGAAAUUGAGCCUCGACCUGGGUAUAUGGGGCAUUUGAUUCUUAUUGGGGAAGAAAUCGUCAAGUUCACUUCUUUGUACAAACCUGACCUUAUAUCACACACAAUCGUUGAGGCCAUUCUGAGCGAGAAAUGGAAUUGGUUUGUUAACGACGUCUUGACAAAGACGAGGGAGGUUUACAACGUCGUCUUGGGUGCUGACGAAGGUGACGCUUUUGACAAUUCAGAUGACUAUGUGGAUCCAAAUGAACCAAAAAAAAUCAUUCUUGGUGAUACUUCAAAUCAUGAUGAAUUUGUACAUGACAGUGGCAAUGACGACGAGGACGAAGAUAUGGAUGGUCCCAAAGUUGCUGAUGUCGAGGUUGGGAAAAUGACCCCGAGUGGCGACAUAACUCCACAUGCUGUGGAUGAGGAUGAAGAACUAGAGGACCCAAUAGAAAACAAUGACGUGGAUCAUUUAUCAGGAAGUUCAUCUGAUGAAGAUGAGGAGGAUGACGGGAAUGAGUUGCGCAGAGUGUCUAAGCAUAAUGAGUAA